GGCCGGCGGAGGGUGCGCCGGCGCGCGUCCCUGCCCGCCGCGCUCCGCGCGACGUUCCGCCAAGGGGGGGGAAAAAAAAAGAACUGCUGUGACUUUUGAGGUCCGCGCGCCUGCCUCCGGACGCGCCAGGCCCCGGGGGGCUCCCCGCAGGGUGUUGGGACUUGGAAGGCGUCCGGGAGCCGGCGGCGCUGUGCGCGCUGGUGAGUUUGCCGGCGGGGUUGGGGGUGGCCUUCGGCGCCGCGGGCGGAGAGAGGACGUCGCGCUCGGUCCCCCCCCCCCCCUUUCCCUGGCGCCCGCCCCUGCCCGAGUGCUGUCUCCACUUUGAGAGUCAUUGAGACUUAAGCGUGACUGCGGAGCCGCGAGGAUGCGGGCGCCCGGCGCGAGCUUUCCUUCUGCCCGGCGUUGAUGGAGCCGGCUGGUGAGCGGAACAAAGGCGCCCGCCCUGGGGAGCCGGUCCUCGGCUGAAGAGAGAGCCCCGCGCCCCGCGACGGCCGCCUGCGGGCGAGGGUGGUGGCUGUGCGGCCCGAGGCGCGGCGCGCUCCGCUACCGGCGGCCGGCGAGCUCUGUGCCGGGCACCUGCGCGCCGCUCUCGCCGCGGCUCCCGGGCAGACUUGGGAUCCGAGGCGCCUGCAGCCCGAGGUCCAGAGGCGGACCCCUAGCUGGCGCCAAGGAGAGACCUCCCCUCGGCGCGCCGGCCCGGCCUUUCGCUGAGACACCUACCUACAAGGGAUCGCGCGCUCUUCUGCAGACCCGGGACUUGGAUUUGAGCGACUGCGCUCUGCCUGCGACCGCCCCGUCCUCCCAGCCGCAUUUGCUGCCCGAGCGUCCGCGCUGUGAGGCCGGCAGCGGCUGAGGGAGCCUCGCCGGCUACCGGGUGUGUGAGGCUCACACGGCCCCCGGCUGCCCCGCGCGCCUCGCCGGAGCCCACGAGCGAGGUCGGGGGCCGCGGGUCCGGGGCGAGGACCGGCCGGGUUGUUUGAUGGCUUCACUGAGAAGGGUCAAAGUGUUGCUGGUGUUGAACUUGAUCGCCGUGGCCGGCUUCGUGCUCUUCCUGGCCAAGUGCCGGCCCAUCGCGGUGCGCAACGGAGACGCCUUCCAUGAGAUCCGGCCGCGCGCCGAGGCGGCCAACCUCAGCGCGCACAGCGCCAGCCCCAUCCAGGAUGCCGUCCUGAAGCGCCUCUCGCUGCUCGAGGACAUCGUUUACCGGCAGCUGAAUGGCUUAUCCAAAUCCCUCGGGCUCAUUGAAGGCUACGGUGGGCGGGGCAAAGGGGGCUUACCUGCCACCCUUUCCCCAGCUGAAGAGGAGAAAGCCAGGGGACCCCAUGAGAAGUACGGCUACAAUUCCUACCUCAGUGAAAAGAUUUCACUGGAUCGUUCCAUACCGGAUUAUCGUCCCACCAAGUGCAAGGAGCUCAAGUACUCCAAGGAGCUGCCGCAGAUCUCCAUCAUCUUCAUCUUCGUGAACGAGGCCCUGUCGGUGAUUCUGCGCUCCGUGCACAGUGCCGUCAACCACACGCCGACGCACCUGCUGAAGGAGAUCAUCCUGGUGGAUGACAACAGUGACGAAGAGGAGCUGAAAGCCCCCUUGGAAGAGUACGUCCACAAACGCUACCCCGGGCUGGUGAAGGUGGUGCGUAACCAGAAGAGAGAGGGCCUGAUCCGAGCCCGCAUCGAGGGCUGGAAGGUGGCCACUGGCCAAGUCACCGGCUUCUUUGAUGCCCACGUGGAAUUCACUGCUGGCUGGGCGGAGCCCGUUCUGUCUCGCAUCCAGGAAAACCGGAAGCGUGUGAUCCUGCCGUCCAUCGACAACAUCAAGCAGGACGACUUUGAAGUGCAGCGCUAUGAGAACUCGGCGCACGGGUACAGCUGGGAGCUGUGGUGUAUGUACAUCAGCCCCCCGAAGGACUGGUGGGACGCCGGAGACCCUUCCCUCCCCAUCAGGACACCUGCCAUGAUUGGCUGCUCGUUCGUGGUCAACAGGAAGUUCUUCGGGGAGAUCGGUCUCCUGGAUCCUGGGAUGGAUGUGUACGGAGGAGAGAACAUUGAACUUGGCAUCAAGGUGUGGCUGUGCGGAGGCAGCAUGGAGGUCCUGCCUUGCUCACGGGUGGCCCACAUCGAGCGCAAGAAGAAGCCAUACAACAGCAACAUCGGCUUCUACACCAAGAGGAACGCCCUCCGGGUGGCCGAGGUCUGGAUGGACGACUACAAGUCUCACGUGUACAUCGCGUGGAACCUGCCGCUGGAGAAUCCGGGGAUUGACAUUGGUGACGUCUCCGAAAGAAGAGCGUUAAGGAAGAGUUUAAAGUGUAAGAACUUCCAGUGGUACCUGGACCACGUGUACCCAGAAAUGAGAAGAUACAACAACACCGUUGCAUACGGGGAGCUUCGCAACAACAAGGCGAAAGAUGUGUGCUUGGACCAGGGGCCGCUGGAGAACCACACAGCAAUACUGUACCCGUGCCAUGGCUGGGGACCACAGCUCGCCCGCUACACCAAGGAAGGCUUCCUACACUUGGGCGCUCUGGGGACCACCACGCUGCUUCCCGACACCCGCUGCCUGGUGGACAACUCCAAGAGUCGUUUGCCCCAGCUCCUUGACUGCGACAAGGUCAAGAGCAGCCUGUACAAGCGCUGGAACUUCAUCCAAAAUGGAGCCAUCAUGAAUAAAGGCACAGGGCGCUGCCUGGAGGUGGAGAACCGGGGCCUGGCUGGCAUUGACCUUAUCCUCCGCAGCUGCACGGGGCAGAGGUGGACAAUUAAAAACUCCAUCAAGUAGCAGGAAAGGAGCUGGGGCGCCCGGAGUGUGGCUCCCAGGACAGGGUCCUUCUGUCCUCAGCACCAGCCACCCCAGCAACGCCGGGCCAACAGGUGCUCAGAGGCCUCCCAGGGCGUCUCCAAGGGCAGCAGGGGACCCACGAUGGAGACUCUGUGGCUCUCUCAGGCAUUCAGCUGUCCUGAAGCUUAUGCACCACCCCCACCUGGAAAAGCUCCCACCCAAACCCUCCCUGGGAAGCCGGGAGCGACUGUGGGCCCCACAGCCAGAGGCGAGACUGUGCACAACUCCUCUGUCAUCUCCCAGCUCGUGUCAGGGUCAGGACCUGGCAAGGGUGCCUGCUUUUCCUCGUCCCUGCAACAGCGGCCUCUGAUUCCACCCCAGGCCUCAGCGCGGUGGGAGGCAGCGAGGCCCCAGACUCAGUUUCCCCUGAGGUUGCUUUGGCCUAGACGCCCAUUCACACACACCCCCAAGGCAGCUGCCACCCCCAAACCUUCCCAUAUCAGGCUGGCUUUGGGGGCUGCACCUCUGGACUUUGGUGGCGGGGGGACCCUUCCUUAGAUGGUGUGGAAAGAGCUGAUGGCCUCCAUCCCUGGUCAUUUGGGCACUGGGCUCAGGCCAGCAAGCUCACUUGUGUCUGGAAGGAUCCAGAAAUAAAAGGAACUGAGCACGCAAGGGGGUCUCAGCUGCUGGGGCCCUGCACGUUGGAGGCAGGCCAGUGCCGGUGCAGGUCAGCCUGCUGGAGACAGAGGCCUUGACUCCUAGAGGCUGCCCAAGGAGCAGCAAUGGCCUGUGCUUAGAACACAGGGGCUGGAGCCUGCACAGCAGGGGGCGCCAGGAACCUCAAAGAUGCUUCCUGACCCCUCUGCCCCUUGCACCCCAGCCCUGCUGGCACCAGGGGGGAAUGCAACCAUUUCCUCUCUUCAGAGUCACAAUCGUUUUCCGAUUGCCCUCUGGUGAGGGUGCACCUGUAAAUCAGAGUUAAUAUAUGGACGGGUGUGCAUGCGCAGGAGCGUGUGUGCCUGUGUGCUGUGCGUUCCCCGGGCGUGUGUUCAUAUAUCUGCUGUGUGUGUGUGGGUAUGUGUGUGUGUGUGUGCGUAUGCUGGGACAGAUGUGUCUGUGGCCUUGACCUUACCGCUUAAUUGCUCGCCUGAAUGGGGAGCGGAGAGGCACGUGGUGUUGGCCCACGUCCCUGGCUCACUCUCCAGGGGGACGUGACUCAGCCACGCCCUGGGACUGCCCCAAACGGACAGCUGUCCCUUCUGCCAGUUCCCAUCUCUGCCCCCUGCUGUCCCCCCCGCCAACCCCUGCCCAGAACCAAACCCUGUGUUUGCCCAGUGUGGGGUUUCCAGUGUCUCAUUUGGUGACAUCUUAUUGGUGAUCAUCCCCUCCCCCCAUCUCCCACCUUGUGAAAUAAAAUAUAUGUUAGCAUUUCCCAAA